GCAGUGUAUUACUCGUCUGCGGUAACUUGACACUUGUACCAGCCAGCAGAGAGGGAUCCUCUUGUGGUGUUUUGGUCCAGUGGAGCCCACUAACAAAAAUGACAGCGAGGAAGUCUGGCUCACGACUGGAGACCGAGAUAGAGCGGUGCCGUUCAGAGAGUCAAUGGGACAAGAUACCGGAGUUAGUACGACAGCUUUCAGCCAAAUUAAUAUCAAACGAUGACCUAGGAGAGUUGUUGCUGGGGGAAUGCAAGCUUCAGACGUACCUGAAGGAGAACCCCAUUAAACAGGGAGCCAGUCCCAGGGGCCAACGACCUAAACUGGUGGAGGUUAGGAAACACCUCACUGCUGCUCUGGACAGAGGCAACCUCAAGGCUGAUUACCUCCAGGAAGCCAGCCUGUUGAUGGCCAAACUGUGCUAUGUGGAGGGAGAAUACACAGACGCUUUAGGUCACUACAGCAAGGUGAACCUGGAUGACAUGCAGCUGGGGGGAGCUCCUGUGUACAGGCUGUCCAUGAUAGCAGAGGCAUACGCUACUAAAGGGCUGUGCCUAGAGAAGGUCCCAGCUGCCUCUCCAUCUCUGUCCAAUAAGAACACUGGCUCUCCAUCGUCCAAUAAGAGCACAACAGACCGGGAGCAGGAAAUCAUUACCUGCUAUGAAAAGUCUGGAGACAUUGCUCUGCUCUACCUGCAGGAGGCUGAGAAGGCGUUGUCAGCAGGAAUUCAGAACCGCAGCCCAAAGCCUGGCCCGACUGCUCAGGACUUAGAACUGGGCUACUUCCUGGAGACAGGCCUGCAGAGAGCUCACGUCAUCCACUUCAAGAACGGCAACUUGACACGAGGCGUGGGCCGGUUUCGGGAGAUUCUUCGGGCUGUUGAGAACAGAACCACCCAGAGCCUGCGCAUGACCAUAGCCAGACAGCUUGCAGAGAUCUUGCUCAGAGGAAUGUGCGAACAGAGUUACUGGUCUCCUCUGGAAGACCCACCCACUGUGUCACCAUUGGAUGAUCCCACACGGCAAGGACACACUCUCACCAAGAACUACAGCCUAAGCCGACGCCCACGGGUGUACUCGGGAGAGAAUCUGUUUUGCCCUCAGGAGAACACAGAAGAAGCUUUGCUGCUGCUGCUCAUUAGUGAGUCCAUGGCUAACCGUGAUGCUGUCCUGAGCAGAAUUCCUGAACACAACAAUGAUCGUAUCAUUAGCCUGCAGUCUGCCUCUGUGGUGUACGACCUGCUGACUAUAGCUCUGGGCAGGAGAGGGCAGUAUGAGAUGCUGUCAGAGUGUUUGGAGAGAGCCAUGAAGUUUGCCUUUGAGGAGUUCCACUUGUGGUACCAGCUCGCCCUGUCACUAAUGGCAGCUGGGAAAUCAGCUCGUGCCGUUAAGGUCCUUAAGGAGUGUAUUCGCCUGAAGCCUGACGACCCCACCAUCCCACUGCUGGCUGUCAAGCUGUGUAUCGGACCUCUGCACUGGUUGGAUGAAGGGGAGUGCUUUGCUAAGAUGGUGAUUGACAUGGGGGAGAAAGCAGCUGAGUUCAGAGCCAAAGGCUUCUUGGCCAUCGGGCUGGUUUACAGCCUCAAAGCCACUGACGCAUCAUUGCGAAGCACACAGGAGGAGUACCAGAGGAAAGCUUUGGGAGCCUUCCAGAGAGCUCAGAGUCUGUCUCCUACUGAUCAUCUAGCAGCCUUCUACUUGGCACUUCAACUUGCUGUGUCCAGACAGAUCCCCGAGGCACUAGGCUAUGUACGACAGGCGUUGCAGCUUCAAGGGGAUGAUGUCCACUCCCUUCAUCUGCUGGCCCUGCUGCUCUCUGCUCAGAAACACUACCACGACGCUCUGAAUAUUAUAGAGAUGGCUCUGUCCGAGUACCCUGAGAACUUCAAUCUGCUAUAUACCAAGGUGAAGUUGGAGUCGAUGUGUAGAGGACCGGAGGAUGCUCUGCUCACUUGUAAACACAUGCUGCAGAUCUGGAAGAGUUUUUACAACCUUACCAAUCCCAGUGAUUCUGGGCGUGGCAGCAGUCUGUUGGACAGAGCCAUAGCAGACAGACGACAGCUCAACGCCAUGACUCUGCCUGACUUCAGUGACCCAGAGACUGUCUCAGGUUCUUCCUCUUCUCACUCUGGUUUUGAACCCGUCUCCCCCUCCUCCCCAUCCACCAUUUCCACCCUCUCCUCCCCACUGUCCUCCCCUUCUUCCCCUGUCUUCAUCCUCCAGCCUCCUCCUCUCCCUCCACACAAAAACCCAUCUUCCUUCCCUCUUCCUCCUCCACCUCUUCCUGCUCUUCCUCUUCUUCCACUUCCUCCUCCUCCUCCUCCUCCUCCUGCGCCCACCAAGACCAGGACUCACUCCUUUUGCAACCACGCCACUCUCCGCCGGCUCUCCUCCAAUUGCGGCCUUCAGGAAGCUAAUACUCUUGGUUUUUCCUCCAUGUUUUCUGUUUGCUCAGUUCAUGCUACAUCUAUAGCAGCCAGUCGUGUAGAGCAGGCUCUGUCUGAGGUAGCCUCCUCUCUGCAGAGCAGUGCCCCCAAACAUGGACCCCUGCACCCCUGGAUGACCCUGGCUCAGAUCUGGCUGCAUGCAGCCGAGGUGUACACCGGCAUGUCGAAGCCAGCAGAGGCCACGGCAUGCACGCAGGAAGCCUCUAACCUUUUCCCCACAUCCCAUAAUGUGCUGUACAUGAGGGGGCAGAUAGCUGAACUGAGGGGCAACAUAGACGAGGCCAAACGCUGGUAUGAAGAGGCCCUGUCCAUCAACCCGACGCAUGUCAAGACCAUGCAGAGACUGGGUCUGAUUCUUCACCAGCUGCAGCGCUACAGUCUGUCGGAAAAGGUCCUGAGGGAUGCUGUGCAGGUCAACAGUACGGCUCAUGAUGUGUGGAACAGCCUCGGUGAGGUGUUGCAGGCUCAGGGGAACGCUGCGGCUGCCACCGAGUGUUUCCUCACCGCCUUGGAGCUGGAGGCCAGCAGCCCCAUUCUGCCCUUCACCAUCAUACCUAGAGCACUAUGAAACACACACCUUCACAGUUGUAGCCUCAGUACUGUAACACAGUGGCACAAAUGAUGGACCUGCGAGCCACACACACAGCAUGCCUGCAUGCCACUCACACACCUGCACAAGGUUUUACUGCCAUACCCUUACUGUAAAUACACACACUGUAUAGAAAUUAAAAUAGUACACAAACGUACAUGCUUCCCAGUGCCCACCCACCCUUCCCACAAUGCCUUGCUGUGGCUUUGACGUGUGUGUGUGUGUGUGUGUGUGUGUGUGUGUGUGUGUGUGUGUGUGUGUGUGUGUGUGUGUGUGUGUGUGUGUGUGUGUGUGUGUGUGUGUGUGUGUGUGUGUGUCUCUCUCUCUGCACUUUCUGUUGCCUGUGCGUAUUUGUGUCUGGCUGUAUGUGAUUUGUAGUAUGCUGUGUGUGUUUGUUGUUCUGUCCUGUUCAAAGAUGUAAAUAAGAAUACAUUUGAGUUCCUACUCUGGCAUUUCUAGCAUUCAGAAGCCUAAGAGUUUACAUUUUGUUUACACGUUAUUUAGUCCAUUCAUGUUUUUCUUUCACGCCAAAUAUUACUGAUGAUCUCAACACACACACACACACACACACACGUUCACUUGCUGUCCACAUGGAGAGGAUCACGGUUACUGUAUGGCUGGCUCAGGACAGCCUAAUCUUUGAGAAUCUACUGGAGCAUUGACAGGCAUCAUCAACAGAUCACUGAAGAAGCAAUCAAUCAGUCUAAAUGCCAAAACACAGGCUGCAUCUACACACACAGGAGAUCAGAUUUGAAACGGCUGAUGUCCCAAGGGACGGCUGUCACUUCUUUUUUUUUACAUGUAUAAAUUAAAGCACAUUUAAUCUCAUGUCGACAGCCUUUACAUGCUCCUUUUGUUAGCCAUAUUACCAUGACACGCUAUUAUUUUGCAAUUUCUUCCAGUGUGUGCCCUAAUAUUCAAUUUCUCCAAGGGAAGCAAAAGAAAUACUUUUUUUUAAUACAUUUUGGGAGAGUGGUAUCAAUCUUCUUGUCUAUAACUCUCAGCAAGUUAGCGAACGAGCAUAUUACCCAAAAUGUAAAAAUAUUGCUAUAAAUCCUACUUCCAUAAUAAUUCUCCAUGUUUUAUGCUUUUGCAGCUGUAGUCACAAUAGCUGAACACAUAAGAGUGCCAACUACAAAAACUUGAACAGAAACAAGAUAACCAGUUAAACCGCUGAAAAAACAGUGCUCCUAUGUAACGUUGAUAUUUGAACAAAUUCUAAGUAUGAAUGGUAGGAAUCUGUUAUAUUUUAUUUUUUCAAAAAUCUGAUUUUUGUUGUGUGUAAAUGCAGCCAGUGAUCGUGUUGUCUCUGUGUCCUGUCAGUCAUUGUACAUUGAACAAGAUGAAUAUACUUUUUCAUUUCAUUAUAAAUACAAAGGAUUAUUGUUGUAUAUUUGAUUGUUCCAAGUGUAUUAUUACUGUUGUUGUUUUAGAAAGUAAAUUAUAAUUCUAUUUUCUGGAGAGGGAUGUAACUGAGGUGCAGGUGGAGGAAUAAAAGGAUGAACCGAUUUAGUUUGCUGAUGUGAGCUCAGCCAGUCAGAGUCCUUUUGUGCUGUAAAUGAACGACUGAAAAUUAGGAUGAUUACAAUGACAAAGAUAAUAAAAGUGGUUGAAAACGUGGAA